AUAUGCCAGAAACCCGCCCACCUGGUUGUCUGAUCCCUCCCGCGCUGGACUAAAGUUGGGCUUCUUGUCUGGAAGAUGGCACAAAACCUCAUUCAUUCAUCUCAAAGUUGAUGCACUGUUGACAUCGUCUGCUGUUGCCUCUGCUGGGACUAUCAAAUGCAUCACAUCCUGCACACUGGAAGAUUUUUACUGGGACACACCUACCAGACAGCCUGGAACAAGUGUUGCUCUAGCUUUGCCAAGAUGAUGCGGGCAGUGUGUGUUGACGUACCAGGAGGACCAGAGAAUUUGCUGCUGCGAACUGUCCCUAGACCUCAACCUAAAGAUGGAGAAGUUCUAAUUAAAGUUCAUGCAACUGCCCUCAACAGGGCAGACUUACUGCAGAGGCGAGGACUGUACCCACCUCCCCCAGGUGAGAGUGACAUCAUAGGCCUGGAGGUGGCUGGUACUGUGGAUACUCUGGGCUCAGGGGUGAAAAGAGGCUGGAAGCCAGACGACAGGGUCAUGGCUUUGCUCUGUGGAGGAGGAUAUGCAGAAUAUGUUGCUGUGCCUGAGGAGCUUCUUAUUCCCAUUCCCCCUAAUUUGACACACAGCCAGGCUGCUGCGAUCCCGGAGGCCUGGCUCACUGCUUUUCAGCUUCUAGUUUUCAUAGCUCAGGUGAAGGAGGGUGAGGUAGUGUUGGCUCAUGCUGGAGCCAGCGGAGUUGGAACGGCUGCUGUUCAGCUGGUUCGUCUGUUUGGUGCCGUGCCCAUUGUUACUGCAGGGAGCCCAGAGAAGCUGAAGAUGACUGAGAAUCUGGGAGCAGCAGCUGGGUUUAACUACAAAGAGGAGAGCUUUGUGCAGGGAGUUCAUAACUUUACAGGAGGCAGGGGGGCAAAUGUCAUCCUUGACUGCAUCGGUGGGCGUAACUGGGAGCAAAAUGUGAGCUCCUUAGCCACCGAUGGCAGGUGGGUGCUGUACGGCACGAUGGGAGGCAGGACAGUAGAGGGAGACCUGCUAGGCAAACUGCUCUCCAAGCGAGGCCACUUGCUCACCAGCCUCCUCCGCUCUCGCAGCCUUCAGUACAAAGCCGACCUGGUAGAGGAUUUCUCUCGCAGAGUGUUACCGUAUUUCUCAGACCAGCCAGCCUCCUUGAGGCCAGUGAUUGACAGCACAUUCAACCUGGAGGACAUUGCAGAAGCUCACAGGCACAUGGAGGCCAACAAGAACAUGGGGAAGAUUAUCAUUAAUGUGAUUCCACAGAAUCAGGAAACUCAGUGAUAAACAGUUGCAGAAAUAUUAACAGAAACGUACAUUCAUGUCAAGGAAUCUUCCAACAGUGUUAUUUGUUUUACACAAAUGUUGAUCUUAAAUAUGCUUUAUCCACCAAUAGUCCGAAGAUGAUUUUCUUUACAGUGCUGUUACUUCUGUAGAGUCAAAAUAGUGAUAAUUGACACAGGAUUACUAAAUGUUCAUUAACAGUAUUGUGUUCAUGCUGGAGAUUAAAGAGAGGUGCUGUAAAUCUUUCCAAACCACAGUGACUUUCCUCUUCACAAAUAUCAGACAAAAUACUAUUACAUAGAAAACCCUUGAAAUAAAUGUGUGGUAAAAGCAGGGCUUUUCCCCCUUAUCUAACAUAAUCAAACAUAAAUUGACUAAUUUAAUAAAGGCACACUAGCAAAAUAUUACAGAAUGAUCUACACUCCCCAGUCUGUAGGACACCAGAAGGUGCAAAAUGGCUGCCCACUGCUCCUAAUUAGGAUAGGUUAAAUGCAGAGAAUGAAUUUCACAUGCAUUGUUCUGUGUAUAAUUGUAUGUGGCAACUAAAGUUAAUUAUUAUUAUUAUUAGUGUGAAGGAUGCUCAUCACCCAGCAAUUUUAUUCCAGCUUCUACCUUCAGCCAAAUGCUUCUGUAACCAUGAAUCCAAGAUGCAAACAGAAUAUUGAAAUCUGUGUUUUAACCUCUUAAAAAGCAAAAGCAGAAAGGUUGUAUUGGAUUGCAAUAAACUGUGUUCCUAAUAUGGUGGCCACAGAGUGUAGGCCAUCAUGAAUGGGGCCAUUUGGCAUAA